GGAUAUUGCAGAUUUAAGCCGCUUGGUUCCAAAGUGCUCGUUGCUUUUUGUAAUGACAAGUUAUUACAACGCUAGUUAUGACCGUUAUAUACAAAGGACUGGUGACUCAAAGUCUCACAAGCUUAAGAAUGCCUACUGGACCACCAAGCAAGCAGUAAUAAAUAAAUUGCAUCGUAAACAAGAUGAAAAUAUUGUGGCUUCUGAUUCCGAUCUUGAUGCCAAAUUGGAGCUUUUAAGAUCUGUUCAGACUACGUGCCGAGAUCUGGACAGCAUUCUGGGACGCUAUCAGAGGACAAUAUGCUACUUAUCACAGGCUGAAAACGAAAUGGGACGGUUUCUGAAGCAGUAUAGUUUAGAAGAUAAAACUCAAGCUGGGAAAAUCAUGUCAGCUGUUGGCAAAGCUCUGAGUGGUUCGGCUCAACAGAGACUUACUCUGCUGAAUCCAUUGGACCGUGUUCAUCAAGAAGUCAAGACAUUUAGGCAACGGGCAAUCAGUGAUACAACAAACACAGUUAAACGUAUGGAACAAGGUCGUACAGAAUAUCGAGGUGCAUUGUUGUGGAUGAAAAAUGUAAGCGAAGAACUGGAUCCAGAUACCUACAAACAAUUGGAAAAAUUCCGAUGUGUCCAAGCACAGGUUCGUAAAGCUAAAGUUUCAUUUGAUCGUUUAAAAGUGGACAGUAUGCAAAAAGUGGAUUUAUUGGCAGCUAGUCGUUGUAAUAUGUUAAGUCAUGUGCUUGUUGGUUAUCAAAACACACUAUUGAAUUUUCUUGAGAAGACAUCUCAUAUGAUGGUGGCAGUAGCAGAAAGUUUUCGCGGUUAUCAAUACUAUGAAUUUUCGAUUCUUCGACAUUUGAGACCAGAAAGUCGUAAAUUAGCAGGAUAUAAAGGUGAUAAUGACACUGAAAGGUUCGACAGUGAAGCCAGUGAAUGCAAGUUGAAUGAUGCAAAAGACACUAACGCUUCCACUGAUAAAGAUGGAGUGUAUCAAACAAAUUUGAUUGAAGAAGAAUUGGAUAAACGAUUGGAUGAAAUCUUUCGUGAAAAUAAUAAUAAUAACGAUGAUACAGAUGUCAAUUUAGACCAAUUCAACUUGACUGCAUCUAAUUAUUACGAAGGGAAUACAUCAAAAAGUCGAAAUCCUACUGGAGACGGUAAUGAUAGUAACACCACUGAUUUGUUGUCCGAGUCGAAUGAAGAUAUUCCUGCAGAACAUAGAGUUUUGUUUACUGAUCUAUUUUCUGUAGACUCAAAAGAUGACAAAUUUAUUGGGCAACUAUCUGAAAUAAACACUUCUUCUGUGAAUUCGAGAAAUAAAAGUGGAUUCGCUGCUGAAUGGGAUGCUGUAUUCGGUGAAAUCGAUCAACAGUCAUGUCAAAAUGAUGAUUUUGGCCCUAUGCAGAGCGUCAGUACAAAAGAUACUUUCAGAACACCGAUGCUUCCUUCACAUUUACUCGAAAAGGAAUUACAAGAACUUUUCACUUCAGUCAAACCUAGCAUGAAUGCUAUGCAACAACCAAUAAAAUUGUCUACGGAAACUACUGUCAGUCAAAGUGUUUCUCCAUUAAUUUGUAACAAACAAUCAGAAGAACAGAUUGAAGAGAAUAAAAAGUCUUUGGGGGUUAGCUCAAAUGCUGGAAAAACAACAUUGAAACAGCUCAUUUUUGCGGAGUUCCCCUCCAUGCACUCCCUUGGGUUCCUAGUGGAACAUAGGGCUUCAGUAGCAUUCGCAAAUUCCAAGCACUUCAAUGUGAUACCUUCUCAUCUCUUUUGCAAUCUGGGCUGUCUUGCUGGGUUCAAACAUGGUGGGGACAUUCCAUGUCCCCACGUUUACUUUCGCUUUGAUCGAGAGAAGGGGAGACACAUCGGCCAAUUGGCUUCCUGAAGGCAGGCUUUCACCAACUGGCAUCAUUUCGCCUCUCCGAUUCCAGUGAGGGAUAAUUUUGUUGUUAUUUUAUAUAUAUCGUUUGUGCUUUGAAGUUUGUUUAGCGGUUAGAUUUGUUAUACGGGGUAGGGUUGCUAGCCCUAUACCCAACCUUCCCUCUUUACCUGGGCUUAGGACGGGCUAGUAACUAGUGAACUAGUUAACCAGGCGAGGUUCAUUAAAAAUAUAGUUCUAAUAAAUACAUAGUGAUGCAUUUUUGAGAUGAAUGGGGAUUUUUAAUUUAGAGGUAGUAUUCAUCAUUGAUUGAUAUCAGUUGGGGAUUUCAUUGGUUCCCCGACUGAUGUUAGUCCAUGAUGAAUACCACCUCUAAAUACGUAGUAGCUUGCUUGGUUUUAGAAAAAUGAGUGGCGGUUAUGUCGCGUUAUAGACAUUUAAACCAUAGUGAUUAUCAAUGUUGUGGGAAAAGUCGAGUUCCGAGUCUUAUUUAAUCAUUAUGAGACGAUUUUUUUCAGAUAUGCUUUUAUAAUGAGUAGCUGUGUAACUUGUCUAUUUUGAUGGCGAUUUCCUUACAAGUAAAAGGCAUAGUUAACUAACACAUGAGUAUUAGUAGUUUGAAAGGUGAUGGUGAAUAGCACUGAAAUAACCGGAAGCUAAGAAUCCAAUUUUAACAGAUUAGUAUUCAGUGUUUGACACUGAAUAAUUUUGAUAUUUUGAUGAUGUAGUGCUAUGAUUAGGGAUGUUGACAUAGGUAGCUUUGUUACACUUUAAACUUGAGUAUACUCAAAUAACGAUUUAAACAUCAAGUUUUACUUUUUGUUCAGUUCAGAGUUUGUGGAAGCGAACAUUAUACAGUCUUCAGUAUCAGACCUAAAUCACACCAAGUAGUAAAGACUAAAAAUACCUAAUGGCAUCUAAGCAGAUGUUAAGAAAUUAUUAUGGGAUUUCUAUGACUGUAGAGCGAAACUUCACAUUUGUAAAUUGUUUACAUCCUAGUAAGCAUUAGGGAAAGUGGACAGUGAAACCUGUGUUUUCGUAAAGUAUUUUGUGCACCAAACCUUAGAAUAACAUAUUGUAGGCGCCAUCUAAUAUACCUGCAUACUGUGGACGAUAAGUUGCCAAGACUGAUCAGUGCACUUGCUUCAGUGAGGCUAGGUAUGUAGGUCGUUCGUCUAGACCUAUCCCUCACUGGAUUCAAGAACUCCCCCCAGUAUAAACUAGUAAAGGGCAAAGAAGAUCAGUCAACUUAAUUAAUUUGUAACAUGUGGUCGAUAUGAGACAUUCAUGUUGGACUACUGGUUCGAUGUUAUUCACAAAGUUUAACCAAACCUUCUUAAACGUCUACAUCUCCCUUUAUUAUAUUGUGCAGACCUGAGAAAUUUUUAAUUGGUAAUCAGAGCUAUUCACAAAAAUAAUUUGUUUAGUCUUUUUCGUUACCGUAGACGUAAAGUGACUGAUUAAUAAGGCAUCCCGUAGCACUGCACAUUGAAGUGGGCGACGGUGCCUUGGCAUGCGCAACACGUUUCCAGCCCACUUCAAUCACUCAAUUUCACAAUCUUAUCGACUGAGUUACCCGUCUUACCUAGUACCCUUCGCAUGACUUCGAGGCUACUCAUUUCAUGAUUUCACCAUACGCGAGCAAUACUUUGAAGAUACGAGUGAUCAAAAGGCUAUCACCGCCUCAUGUUUCCUACUUUUAACGUCCAUCUCUCUCAGUCGUAUAAGUAAGUGCCCAAGCCAAUGAACCAGAAAAUAAAAAAGGGUUCUGUCAGCUGCACGUCAGCCUUUGCCUCCGGAUACUAUCAAGGCCCAGUAAAGCAUAAGAGACUGGUAAGUGGGGAUGCGGUUGGAUUAGAAGGAGAAACAAUCAUUAUUCAUGUAAAGGCAAAGUGUAUUCAGUUGUUAACCUACUGUUAACUUACAUAUGCAAUAAACUAGACUCAUUUUGUUCGACAUCAUCUUCAUCAUAGUGGCUAAAAAGCGUCCAACUUCAAAAAAACCUGCACAAUUUCCUUCAGAUCCAAGCAGAAAUACAACAAUAAUGAUCAUGAGUUAACUGUUAUACCAGGGGAAAUAUGAUAAACGUGAUUGUCCUCAGAUACGUAUAAUCGGUAGUAUUAUUCAAUUUACUUUGAAAGUAAAUCUACUUACGACCUAAUUGGAAGUAUUAUUGUGUAGCUCGGUCUAGGAUGUCUCGAUUGACCUGUCACUCACUAAUGUAUGACUUAUAGUUUGGAGGGAAAUAAUUGCAUAUUGAAUAAUACCAGUCAAUUAAAGUAGAUUAUCCCAUAUUUUGUUCUCGAAAUUGGUUGUUUCAUCUUGAUGAACUCUGGGGCGUUGUGGUGAGGUAACUUAAUUGUGUAUGCACAGAUGAAUCAGAUCGCCUGAAAUACAUAUGAAGCAUAAGCAUUAAGGUUUGGGUUCUGUAGUAAGUGGUUGACCGAGACAGCAGAAUUGCUUGACUUAUCGUGUUGGUGAGUAGAUGAGUAUAAUGGAGACUAGUCAUAUGCUUAAGACUUUCAGAUCUCAACUGUCUUGUAGUAAUGCUUCAACUACCUAUAGUGGGUACCGUCAGCCCUGCAAAAGUUAUUUUUCUCUCGGUAUGAACGAAUUUGUCACUUAUAAAGAAUGCAAAAUGAAUAUCAAUCAUGUAAUAAUCAAAUAAUGGUGAUCAGGCAGUUAUUGAGAAUAGAAAUUCACAUCUGUUUACAGUGACAAAUCCCCAAUAUUAUUAAUUAUUAAAACAUUUCGAAAUGAGGCAUUUUCACGCAAUGAAGCUCAGUACUGAAGAUUAUAUAGACUUUGUGAGCAAAUGAUUGGUAAAGGAGAGUAAGAAUCUACAGAAGCUCUUCAUUUAAGGUUGAAAAGAAUUCAAUAAUUCAUGGAACAUGUUGGAGUCGUAUUUUCAGCAGAUUUAUCGACGACAAGAACAUUCUAGACUUAUUGACAUACUGUUUCCUCAGGCAUACGUAAAUUUCGGUACAAAAAAACAUGCAGAAAUAAACAUCUGAUUUUAAUUUAAGCCUUAGGGUUGGUUCUAUGGCAAAACAAGUAAAUCCGAUUACCUAGGAUCAUGCUAAAACUGUGAUGUAAAAAUAUUUGGCUAGUAAACUUCAAAUAUGAAAAAAUUUAGCAUAUGUAGGUUCUGAUCUUGAAGAAUGCAAGAUCAUACGUUGUAUACUAUUUGAGAGAGACUCAUCAAUUGGUUGUAUUUGUAUUCCAGAACCUGUUGGAAAGUGAAAAUACGAUCGAUCUACUCUUGUUCAGUCUUCUCAAGUUCUAGUUACGCUUCGAGGAAAUAUGAAUCCUAAGAUCUUGGAUACGACAUUAGUAAGGCUACAUCUCCUAUGGUUUUUGCAAGAAGAUUACUCUCUCUUUUUAAAGACUGUUCUACAUCGUUGUUUCAGAUAAAUAAACCUCUGCUGUCCAAAUGAAUACGCUUUUCUACAUAGUUCUGUACACCAACCUACCUGUAUAAGAGAUGCGCACGUAUCAGUAGCUAUUUCUCACAUACUUCGAUUGAUUGUCUGAUAACACGUAAAGUAUAACCGUGUUCACACCAGUGAUGCAUCAUUUAGUCUACUGAAACUUACUUUACACUUAGUUAGUGCGCUUAGAUCGAGAAAUAACACUUCAUAACUUUGUUUGACAGUCAAUUUUUCUACUGAAUGUAUUUCUUUAAAGGAACAGUAGUGACAUUCAUAUAUUCCUGAUCAAAUUUAUUAACUUUUUUAAUCACUAACUUAGUUACUACACGGAUGCCUCGAUAUUUCCUGGAUAUUAUUCACUAUAUGAGUGGAUACUGCGUUCGUGUUUUACGGGGAAGAACAUCACUUACUGGACUGCAGGAGCACUCAACUGACGAGUCCCAAACAGGACGAAACGCGCGUCAAGCUAACCAACAAGAAGACAAUAAAAUAUCAAUACUGUCUAAUUAACAUUAUGAAUCAACCAAAAAGUCCGAAUGAUAAUCAGUUUCAGCGAUAAUUUUUAAAUUUUUUAUUUGUAAGAAAUAUCAUAUCAAGUAGUCAUCUAGAUUAGUGUCAGUACUACCUACGUUUUUUGUUAUCAGUAGUAUAGUUUGGUCAUAGAAAAAGAAAGAUGAAUAGUUUCACAGCGAAAAGUCGUUUAACUCAUGACUUAAUCGGUAACAUUAUUGUAUAGAUUGCUUAGUUCAAGAGCUUUCAAUUGACCUCUGAUCCACAUGUGUAUGGGAUGUAAAUAAUCGCAUGCGGAAUAUCCCAUACACCUCAUUAAGAUAAAAAUAGAACCAGGCAUUACUGCGUAACAGUCCAAGUUGCCACACAUAUCGUCACAUCAAGUACCAAGGC